AAAUAACCAAAAAUUGCCCAUCCGUGCAAAUUGCUAUGUUCAGGGUUAUCCGCAACUGUCUUAAACCAACCAACCAAGCGCCAGAGCCUGAACUAUUUGCCUCAUCCAAUUCAGCGAUCCACCCUGUUUCUUCGUCUUCUCCUCUCGUCGAAUUGAUCACAGACCCUUCAGAGGAAAAUGAGUUAUAUGGAUUCAAAAUGUCCCAGCAUGGCCUAGUUGGGUCUGAAUCUGAUUCACAGAGAACCCUAUGCCCAUAUGUGACCGGUACAUCAGUGGUGGCUUUGAAGUACACAGAUGGGAUUCUGAUGGCUGCUGAUAUGGGAGCUGCAAUCUCAACUCGAGCUCCAACAGUUGGCACUUGUGUGGUUCAAGCUGUGAGGCCGACUAUUGAGCUCGUCACGAAAAGAGCUGAGGAUGAGUCUGCAGCUCAGAAGAGGCGCAGGCUGGAGGAGGGGCAGCAGCAACAGCAGCAACAACAGCAACAGCAGCAGCAGCAGCAGGAGGCUCCUCAGUUUGUACCUCGUCCUCCCCCGGUGGUUGUUGAUCUUGCUGCUAGGGAGGUUGGGGUUGUAACACAUGUGAGGGGAAAAAGCUUCCUAACUCGAGUCUGGUAUCCAGAGGGUUAUAGCUUCGCAACCUCUUCCAGCAGAACAGCUGCAAGGCAUUUCAUUGAUGCCACAUUUCUCAAAAUGGAUCUAAUUCAGGCAAGGGACGAGGCAGAUCUCCAUGGAGGAGAUGGGGUAGUUCGUCACAUCUUUGAGGGAGCCAAUCUUGUUAAUGCUUUGGCAAACAACCACCUGGACUCCCUAAAGGAAAGAAAUAAAUUGGUGAAAGAGGAGGAGGAGCUCAGCAAGCAGUAGGAGGAUGCUGAGAAAAAUGUGGAGAGCUUAACCUUGGAGUUGGAUAAGCUCCAAGGUGAAGUGGCCAUGCUGAAGAAGGCUGCCAAGCUCGCAGAUCACAAUAGAAAAGUUUGUGAAGAAAAUCUUUCCAAGAGGGACGAGCAAAUUGCCAAGAUGGGGAAGAAAGUUGAAGAACUGCAACGAGAUGUUGAGUUGCAGAUCCAUAAUUCCAUGGAGACUCAUAUGUCCAAGUUUGUCAAGUCUAGCACGUUUUUCAAUAUCGUGGACCUCUAUUGCCUUCCUCCUAUGGUGUUGGCCUUUAGCAGGUGUUUGAACAUGAACAUCAAAGAAAAAUUGCUUGUUUGGUAUCAAGACCAUCCUUGUAAAGCAUUGGAAAUCCUAGGAAUGUGAUUAAGAGUGAGGAUGGAGUAUCCUGGUCAAGUUUUAUGUUGUGGAAAUGAAACCAAUUGCUUGCA